CCUGAAACCACCAGAAUUCCAUGAUGGAGCCAAUAAUCCUUCACAUUCUGAGGAAGUGGAAGAAUGACACACUUGAUGGAUUUACAUUAAAAAGGUACAGAAGUUUCCUGAAUACAGAGUUCCUACAGACCCCAAAAUUGACAAGAAAAUAAUCCGAAUGGAGCAGGAAAAAGCCUUUAACAUGCUAAAGAAGAACUUGGUAGAUGCUGGUGGUGUUCUUAGGUGGUAUGUACAGUUACCUACAAAACAAGCUCAUCAGUAUCACGAGUUAGAGACUUCCUGCCUUCCUUUGUCACCUUCCCCUUUCCCUGUGUCUUCUCUUGAAGAAGAGGAAACUGCAAUUAGGGAUGAAAAUUGUGCAUUACCCUCACGUCUCCAUCCUCAAGUAGCACAUAAGAUUCAAGAAUUAGUGUCACAAGGAAUAGAACAAGUGUAUGCAGUAAGGAAACAGCUAAGAAAAUUUGUGGAAAGAGAACUGUUUAAACCUGAUGAGGUACCUGAAAGACAUAAUUUAUCCUUUUUUCCAACUGUAAAUGAUAUUAAAAAUCACAUCCAUGAGGUACAGAAAUCGUUGAGAAAUGGAGAUAAUGUCUAUAACUCAGAGAUUAUUCCAGCAACGCUUCAAUGGACUACAGAUAAUGGGCAUAUUCUCAGAGAGACUGUGACAGUUACAUUUGCAGAAGGAAAUUCACCAGGAGAAUCAAUUAGCACCAAAGUGGAAACAAAUCAGACAAGGGGUUCUUUGUCUCCAGAGCCAGCCCACUUGCUCUCUUCACUUUCCUCAUUUCAGCCAAAAUUAUUUACUCAACUGCAGGGUUUGCAGUUGCAACCAAGAUUCACUUCUCCUGAUGGAUCACCAACUCUGAUAUCAGUAAAUAACCACCCUUCCUCCAGUCCUUCAAGACUUCUGGAUUCAUUAGAAAGUACUGUAAUGAAUAAUAAUUCUCUACUGCUUGGUCAAAGUCAUAGCCUUCAAGCAGAUACAUGCCUGACCCCAAACAAUAGCAUUAUUACCUCUACCAUGGGUAACCUUCCAGGAUCAGAUCAAAAUCUGGCUGCAGUGGACCAACUGGUGCAAGUUGGAGAUGUUGAGGAUACAGAGAAUAUGGAAGGAAGUGUUCAUCGGAUUCUGUUGGGAAAUGUGCAGACCAUCCCAAUACAAAUUAUAGAUAACCACCCAGCUAUUAUUGAAGAAAAUCCAGAAGGUACCAUUUCUGUGAACCAAGUUAAGCAAGAACCCAAAGAACCAGCAUUGUCUAUGGAAGCAAAAAAAAUUUUGGACUGUAAGAAAUUAUCUACUACAUAAAUUAUUGAAGCUUUACAGGAUUUACAACUUGGGUGACUUACAAUGUCAUAAAAAAGAAGGUAGAAACUGGAACUAUCAAUAUUUUCAUGUUAUUUUGGAGGUAUUUUAAAGGAGCCAGCAUUUGACGGUCAUGGACUUAUCAAAAUCUGGUCACGUUGGAAACAGCAUGCUUUUCUGAGGCCCUUUGAGCCUCCUACACAGGGUUUCUCCAAUGACUGGUAAGAAAUUGUUGCACCCAGGAGGAUACAUUGAUAGGAUGCUGAAAUGGCCCUUAAAAGCAGAGCUUCAGCAUUAACUCAGAGGCAACAUUCUGAAAGGAUAGAUACCGUCCUUGAAGAGGUUAUUUGGUGAUAUUUUUAGGAAGAUAGCAUUCAACAGAUGAAAAGGAGCCAUCAUUCAGAAAGCAGAAGGAGGAGCUUCACAGGUAAAAGUAUUUUCACAGGAAAUAUCUACAAUGCAAAAUUGAGAAAUGGAUGCUGGUAAAAUAAGUCAUUUAUGAGAUAAAUAAAAUAGUUGUGAAGUAAUAGAAAAAGCAGAGGACUAAGUCUGCCACUUACUUAGCUGAAUUAUCUUAAGUGAAUCACUUCAUUUCUCUGGCCCUCAAUUUCUUCAUCUGCACCCUGAGAGACUGAAAUUGAAUGAUAGAAUUCAAUGGUUAUAU